AGCAUGUAAGCUCCUGCUGACUGUAUAUGAAAAUACAAUCUGAGAGUACAUCAUGGUCUCCCACUAGUCGAACUACCAAUCGUGAGCCUACGAGUGUUUAUGUGACUGGAACAGAAACAUCUCUUGAGCAACGUUCUGUUGCCACCAGUCGCAAUGUUCUCUUACAAGAGAGUAAGGGUUGUUGCUCAUUAGACAGUGUACUGAAAUGUUUGUACAAUAAAGCAACAAUCAGCAACUUCAUCACCCUUCUGAUCAUGGUCACUGGAAUUGUCCUUCAUCAAAUCUACCAAGAUGAUACAGAAAUUGACAACAAAUGGGUUGACGCAUUCAAAUUGAUCAGAGCUUUUGGUCUCUUCGGAUUUGCAGGGGGAAUGACAAACUGGUUGGCAAUCAGGAUGAUGUUCGAAAAAAUCCCAUUCUUAAUCGGCAGCGGUAUUUUACUGAAUAACUUCGUGGAGAUACGAGACAACGUGAAAAAGACGACAAUGGCAACGUACUUUGACGCGGGACAUCUCAGUCACUACGUUACUCAAAAAACUGAGAUCAUCCUAAAUUCUCUUCAACUUGAUGAAAGUAUUAGAGAAGUUAUUCGGUCCCCUGCAGUACAAGCUCUUAUCUCCGAUAAAAUAGAGGAAGUGUUCUCAACACCUGAGGGCUUGGUUCUAGGCUUGGUUGUAAACAAAGAAAAGGUCAAACUGAACAUUAUGCCCAGUUUCGAGAAUGCAGGAAAAGACAUCGUCCCACUUGUUUCUCAGCUCAUCAGAAACAGCGAGCACUUAUCAGAGGAGAAAGUGAGGGACCAGGUUGACAGGCUGAUAACGAGCAAGUUGGUUGAAAUGCAUCCUAAAAACAUAAUAGCGGUAGUAAAAGACAUGGUUGAAAAUGAACUUGGUUGGGUGAUAGUCUGGGGAAAUGUGUUUGGUGGUCUUCUUGGGUUGAUACUGGAGGUUGUCACUGUUUUCAAGGGAUAGACCGCAUCAAGUAGAAUCAAAUUUCAAUCAGAUUGCAUUUAAAAAAAGUUGUUUGGACUGUGGAAAUUAAAAACCUUACUGUGAUAU